UUUUCUUUCGUUCUACUAGCAUAAUAAAUCAGUGCAAAAAACUAAGGAAACCCCACCUAAGGCUCACAUGCACAAUUUAUGGAGGACCCUUUCAAUCUUUCAUCACCACACCAGACCCCUCUUAAAAAUCCAAGCUUCUCCAAAUCUUCUGUAUAUAUAAACUCUCUCUUUCUUUCUAUUUCUCUUUACUUACUUCCAAAGCCACAAGAGUUGUUUACUCAAUCUCUAUCAAACACACCACCACCCCAGAUACCCAGAUAUUUCUUUUCUUCGUCUAUUCUUAGAGUCUAAUCUUCUGUUUUUUUUGUAUCUGAAAAAAAUGUCUACGAGUAACAGGAGAAAGCUAUUACAGAAUACAAUAGCAGUAAACGUAGGAUGCAGUUGUAGAAGAUUGAAGCUUGCCGACAUAUUCAGACCCAACAUAAGAAGACCCAAUCGGAUCAUCAGAGCUUCAACAACAACAACAUCAUCAUCGUCAAGAUCAACAUCAACUACUAACAAGAAGAAGAAGAAAUCUGAUCUAUGUAACUCGUCGACAAGUUCAUGGGAUAAAGGUACAGGUUUAUCAACUCUAUCUCUGAAUGAUGAUGAAGAUGAAGAUGAUUCUAAUACUACAUUUGAUACAACCCCACGCUAUUAUUCAGAACCCGAACCUACAGAUUAUUCAAGUGACCCGAAUAAGAAGGUGAAAGGGUAUGGUCGAAUCAAUGAAAGUUUAGCAAUUGAGAAGGAUUCUGAUGACCCGUACGUUGAUUUUCGACAUUCAAUGCUGCAAAUGAUUUUGGAGAAACAAAUUUACUCAAGGGAUGAUUUAAGAGAGCUUCUUCAAUGCUUUUUAUCUCUGAAUUCUCCCUAUCACCAUGAAAUCAUUAUCCAGGUUUUUACAGAGAUCUGGAAUGGAGUUUUCUCGGUGAAACCCUAUAAUAAUUACUAAUUAGUAAUCACUCCACUAAUUCUUAGUUUUUAAUUUCUAAUUAGGCCGUCCUCAUCACGUGGUUUCCGGUUUCGUACGUGUGUUAGUCGCAUUAUUUGUUUCACACUUGUAGCUUGUAAUGUUAAUGUUAACGUAGGGUGCAAUGGUGAAUGGUGUAUGAAUGAAGUGGUAAAAUUUUAGAAAGGUUAGAUUUUUUUUUUUUUUUUUUUGACAAUGUUGUUGAUCAUGACUGAAAUGUAGAAAAACAAAAUGGCGUUUU